CGAAGGCCGAGCUUCACAACCUUCGCUGCCUCGCGCUCUCCACGGGCACUCAUGAUGAGGAGCUCUACCUCUCCUCUGCGCGUAUCGGGCUUCGGGGCGUUGAAGCACUAUCCGUCAUGCGGGUGAUCAUGGACGAAGCCUUCGUCGGAGACCAGAUUGCCCACCGGCGUAUCACGAACUACCUCCACAUCCUCGCAGGCGUCAUCAACGAUCUGAAGCAGUUGCUCGCCAGCGUUCGAGACCGCUGCGACCCCACGAUCUUCGACAACGAGAUCCGUCCAUGGUUCGAGGGCGCAGACUCUGACACCACCAGGCGCAAGUGGAUCUUCGACGGGAUUGAGCUCAACCCGACCCUUCAGGAGCCCAUCGAACUCUUGGGUUCCUCAUCCACGCACUCGACAUCUUUCUCGGCGUUGACAAGUGCUCCCGCUUCAACUUUCACUCGCAUGGCACUGGCGGCCCAUCCUCAUCAGCCACCACGACCGACGCACCUGCGGCGUCAUUGUCAUCCACAUCUAUCCUGCCCACGACGUCGAACCUGAGCUCCGCCCCGCUGAAGCCGAAGGUGCCGUUCCUGACGCGCAUGUAGUCGUACACGCCGCGGCACCACGGUGCGUUCCUCCACCACCUGCAGGCGAACCCGCGCUCGCUCCGGCAGAUCGUCGAGCAGCAGGAGGACAAUGUCGAGUUUGCGGGACGCGUACAACGUCGCUGUCACGGCACUGAAGGAGUUCCAUGACGAGCACGUCCGGAUCGUGGCGCUGUAUAUCAUUAUUUCUGCACGACACGCAGCAGGAGGAGGAGGAGGC